AUGUCUUCCAGCCCUGAUGCUAACAAAGAGGCCGACGAAACGGUCGCACCCAGAGAGUCUUCCAGACGGCCUUGGCGGCCGGAGCUUGAUCCUCAGCCUGGACACAUUUUAAACUAUACUCCAAUUUCGCGCAUCAUGAGGGCAGCCCUCCCCGGCGAUACAAAGGUUUCUAGGGAAGCCAUAGAGCUUAUGCAAGAAUGUGUGAGCGAGUUCAUCUCCUUUGUCACGAGCGAAGCUGAGAACAGGAGCACGUUGAGCGCCGACGAUGUUCUGACUGCAAUGACCAACCUCGGAUUCGAGCACUAUUCGGAAGUCCUGAGAAUAUACCUGAGAAGGUACUACGAAAAAAAGGAUGCGGGCAUCACCAGCACCAUCGGUCCAACGAAUGAUCGACAGCAGGGAACAAAGAGAAAGAGUAUGACGGGAGCGAAUGACAACGAGGACAACAGUAUGGGGCAUUUCUAUAUCCAUCUCCCAGACCCGAGACAGGGGCUACAAUAG